GCUGUAUUGAUUCGGUCAGGUUGUGUGCCCAAACGCGUGCCAAACGCGCUCAUCAGAUCAGAUAUAGAUCAGAAUAUAUCGAUAUAGAUCUAAAUGUAUGUGCUGACUCAGAUUAAUAGUUGUUGAUGAUUAUUUAUUGCACUGAAAUCUGCCUGACACUGUGGAAACCUGCCGGUGAGGCAUCGGUGACGUAUGUCGAUACGCCGCCGGUCUACCAAAAUACUACUGGACCAGCUGCGUUCCGCCUUGCGCUGAAAGCUGACCAGGUAUGAAUCGGCGAGCUUUCAGCGCACGUUACACGCCAGUGGCGAGCACGAAAAUGUCACUGCGCCAGCUGAUUCUGUCAACACCUCCCCCUGCCACGCCACCACGCCCAGCUUGGCGGAUCUCGGCUCGCCUCCGUGCGACUCAGUCCACGAAAAUACCAAACUCGCCUUACGCCGGGCUCCGCCAGACGAAAAUACAACUGCGCGGGGCUCGCCGCCCUCCACCGCCUCACCGGCACGAACGAAAAUACAGCCCGAGGUGUUUGAGGUGAUAUUCAGGAGAGCAGCAAGGUUUACUUCUGUAUCCCGAGAGUGAGGACAAUUUCGAAGAGCGAUUCACAACUUUUAACUGUGACAGUUUUGAGAGUUAUUAGGGGGGUUCAUGUUUUCUGUGAUUUACACCUGAUACAGCCUAUGGGCGUACAAGGAUUGCGUUGCUCACCCAGGAGAUACGCUGUUUGAGCCGAGCAUCAUCACAGCGACUCUCCCGCCGAAUGCGCACAAUGCUACUGCACAAGUGGGAGAGUGCGUACAACGCUACCGCGCAAUGUUGGUUUCAGGAAAUAGAGAGAAAACGCAGAAUUACCGAGAGCUUUUUGGCUUCAAAGCUGUAUACCGGCAGACGGCAGAACCAAGUUGUCCAUAGUAUAUACAGUCCAUGAUUGUACAUUAAACAGCAGACAGGUGCUCCAAUAUAUACAGUAUGUAUCAUCAGAAAUAGAUACAAGUAAAUAGAUUACAGUAAACUAAGGUUAUUACUAGAAAAAUUGCAUUUCCUUGCAGAAAAUGCGUGGAAAUGCAGAGUGCUGAAAGCUGAAAAAGCAAUGCAAAACUGCUAAAAAAAACGGAGGAAGGUUUAAAUGUAAAAUUGGUUAAAGAGCUGGAGAAAGAAAAGUAGAAGUUGGAUGAAAGUGAAAAUUGCCGAAGUACAAAUAGUAUGAAUGUGCUUCAACAGUUAAAAAUGCAUUCAUGCUGAAUAAGGCUAGAAAAACUGUCUGAAAUUGCAAAAAAAAAUGGAUAGGGAAGAAAAUUACCUUAAAACACAGAAAAGUAAGAAUCAGCAUUUUUGCAGAUAGCCUUGACCUUGAAGAGGAGAUAGAACAAGAGCUAUUCGCAUUCACGAGACAGGUGAUCUACGGAGACCAGAAGAGUAGCACCAUGGCUGAUGCCUGUGCCUCCAAGUGGAAGACCAUGAAGAGAAAAUCAUUUAUCUGUCUCCCUCCAGAUGCAGACAGCUUACGGCAACACUGUCUCCAUGCCAACUACUUGGCGUAUCUAGUGCGCCACCCCACACUGAAGAACCACCCCUCGCCACUCAGACAUGGUUGGGAAUUGGUGGGUGGUCGCUGCAGUCCUGUCCGCCACACACGGCCUGUUCUCCCCACACACCUACCUGCACCAGGGCCAGUUGAAGAGGAGGGAGAAGUUGAGAGUGAGGAGGAGGAGGAGGAUGUUGCUCAGAGGAGGGUGGAGUCAUCUGAAUCUGAUGAGUCAGAAAGCAGUGAUACAGAAUUCUCUGAUUCAGACUAAUAUGUGUUUUGUGUGGUUUCGGAUAUGAUGUUUCCGCUGUUGGUGAUGAUAUACGCACGGUUAUUAUAAAGGAAGUUACGAACUCAACUACCUCUCCACAUAUGCAGCAUGCCCUCUGAUGUGCAAUAGAAAAAAAAUAUCAAAAAAAGACAAAAAAAAAACAAAACAAAACAAAACCAUCACCUUACCGUAGUGGAGGGGUUUGUGCGUCCCUAUGACCCUGAGAGCUUUGUUGUCUGGAGCUGUGUGCUCCUGGUAGGGUCUCCCAUGACAAACUGGUCUCUGGCGAGGGGCCUGACGAAGAAUGGUUCAGGGCAGGCCAGCAGUCCCUAAGGGGGCAGCUCCCCCAGCUAUCUGGAUAUCUUGCAGUGGCACAACCUAGAGAACAUCUUCUUGUUACUAAACCAGUCAGAAAUAGCUGGACUGACUGAAAAUUAAUAAACUAAAGCUAAGUUUUUACUCUACUGGAUGUCAGCCAUCUUGAAUUUCGGUGUCAAAAUGAGGUCUUACAAUUAAAAUCCUUGCCAAAGGAUGGUCACAGAAUCUCACUUCGUGACCCAACUAAGUAGGCUUUGGGUUCCAUGUAAGCAUGUGUAAAGGUAGGGAGCUCUCAGCACAGAGCCAUACCACCAAAUAUAACUAUCAACACAUUAAACUCUAACUAUCAAAAGUAUUCAAUUCCUUUGACAAAAAUGGUCCUGACUGAACUGUAAUUUUGGACACUGUGUUUGUUCGACAGGUUAUUUACCUUUGCAUAACAGUCAAGGUGACUUUAAAGGGAUAUUCCAGUGUAAAUUGAAGUUAUAGUCAAACACACUGUAACACUGAGUUAGACACCCCCUUGAGAGAUGAAUGUUGCCGACUGCUUGCUUCUUUAGUUACCAACUUCAGCAAUGACCACACGAUAGGAAUAAACUCACCCACUCUCCUCCAGCAGCCGCUUGUUUGUGGGGAAGCCCCGACAAGUUGAUCACCGAGUGCAGUGGAGUUUUGUGGGUGAGUUGUGUUUGGUCUCUUUGCUGAAGAAAUCAGGCAAAGCUAGAAAGAUGAUUGAUGGCUAGUACUAUGGCUGGGACCCUAUAUGUACUGUUGAUGAAGUUAGGGGCUGUUCUGAACAUUAUUUGUGGCUAAAGAGUAGCUAUUUGGUUGAGGUUUGCGCGUGGAGAUGUAGACUGCUGUGAAUUGCUAUAGUGCAGUCGUUACUAAAGUUGGUAUAACUAGAGAAGCAAGCGCUCUGCAACAUUCAUCUGUCAAGGAGGUGUCUAACUCAGUGUUUCAGUGUGUUUGACCAUAACUUAAAUUUACGCUGGAAUAUCUUUUGAAGUAUAUCAUUAUGUAACCUUAUGACCACUGUCUGAUCCUAACCCAGAAAAAAAAAAAAACAAGGCCCAAGCAGUUCUGGUGUUGGCUCCAUGUCUGGACUAAAUUACUCAGUGUAAAGGUGAAUAACUUUUUCUCUAUAUUUGGUGUGUUGAACAGACAUACACACUUUCAUCUUGGUAUGAUAAAGUAUUGACAAUCCCUUCUUGCCGGAUAUUAUCUGAGGUAUAUCAAGAGAUCUUAGAUGAGUAUGUGUGUAACUUAACACAGAGAGAUGCAAUAACCUUUAGUUGAGUGGACUGAGCUUACAAUCCUCUAAAAUGCUCCGUGAUGUGAAACAACUUCUUUGCCUGAGCAUGUUAAAAUGCUUCCUUUUUUGAGGCUACGUCUGUCUAAUCAAACUGAAAAAUGUCAAUAAGACAUGGUAAUGUUACAUUUCCCCUCACUGAAACCCUGCAUACUUGCUUUUUCUACAAAAUGACGUGCUCUGCCAUUUCUGUCAUCAAAGGUUCACUGACAUGCAAUUUUCCUGAAAGCGUGUCUGAUCACUUAUGAGUUCCUACUUGAACACCUUUUUCUUAUUUUUUUAACAUCUAAAUACCAUCUUAUAGUCCUUAAUAUUAACAUUUUGAUAUUACCAGAAUCUGUACUUGUGAAUUCUGCAAGAAAAUAAGAAGUUCUUCAGCACAGACAAAAACGGCAUAAAAUAAAACUGUCAAAUAGAAGUCAAAUUUGCGUUUGCUCACUCUUGUAUCUGCUAGGGUCCCUCAUUACAGGAUAUGAAAUCAAUAAGCUUUUGAGAGUUUGAGUUUUAGUGGCCUCUGGCCCCUUAAGGCAUGUUAUGGAGAGCUGCACUCAGCCGAGAAACAUGUCCUCACUGAAGCAAGUUAUGAGAUUAUGACUAGGAUUGAUCAGAAAGAUGGAAAAAGCAGACGAAACUGGGUACAGGUAAAGGAAAGUGGCUGAGGUUGGCUUUUAAGUAAGAAGAACAGAUCUGUCUCAUUGAAGGGACUGAGUUACCUCUAAAUAAGGUAAAAACUAUGUUAUAGACUCAGGUUUUACUCUCAGAAUAAUGUAAAGCACAACAUGUGUACCUUCUUCCUUCACACUUGAUAAAUGUCUGAUGCCUUUGUGAUUAUAAAUCUGACUUCCCCUCAUUUGUUCUCUUUCAUUAGGACAUGAAUGGAACAAGAGAAAAAGCCAACUUCUAGUUUCGUCAUGGGUCAAAUCACAUCUGAUAACCACACAGCUGGUCCAAUGGCUGUCAGCAAGCUUUUCAUGCAUCAGAUAGCUCAUUAUGUAAAAUCUGCUAUCAUGAUUAAAUAUCCCACUUUUCAGUCAACGUUGAUAAGAAGGAAGAAAAGAUCCCAGCCUUGAACAGAUACUUGCUCAAAAUCUGACUGUUAGUAUGCUCUCUCUUUUGUCUUUUACAUCUGAUACCACUCUACAAUCAGAAACAUAAAAAAAAAACGUGAUAAAAGAAGUGUUGCCUCUUUUGGGAUAUUUUUGAUGAACAUAUCAA